UCUCUAUUUUCACCUGCUGGAAAGAUGAUGGCUAUGCGUCGCAAUGGAGAUCAGAGGACCUAGACCCCAUGGAUCCCAUGGAAUCCAUGGGCCGGCGCCAGCCGACCCCGUGACGCCCUCCAAGUCUGUGACGAGUGCAGCGAGUGGGGCGAGUUGCCGCCGCGACAUGCGAAAGGAACUGGAAGAAUGGCGCCUGGCCAAAGCCCGACACCAAAGUCAGAGUGAAAAGUUGCCACGUGGAAAGGAGAACUGUCCGAGCGUCGGCACCAACGGUGCCAACGGCGACGACAAACGGAUGCCGGGCACUCCGAAGGCUCCCAGACGGUCAACUGUGGAUACUCCACGGCGUCACAGCCCUGAGAGGUUGCUGUGUGAUGCUGGUGCUUUUCGCACCCGCUCUCCGAUGCCUGCGCCGCGCAGUGCCCGGUCCCGGUCCUCCCGGUCCCAGCUGGGAGUGCCACAGAUGCCGCAGUCCUUCCAGUGCCCCAAGAGUGAGCUCCGUUCCAGCACCCUGGCUGAGCUGCUGACCUCAAGGCCACCGCUUUCCGCGCCACCCAACUCGCCGAGGACGGCCAUGGCGCUGCUGGGGCAACCCGCUGGGAUGGGAGCUCUGCAGCCUGCAGCCCUUCUGGCUGCUCUAUGGGUGGCCUUUCAGGCUGCACCCGCAGAGCCCGUUCUGGAGCCGGUUCUGGUGCCGGAAGCGCCCGCGAUCGCGCCGGCUAUCGCGCCCGUGAUGCCAAGCGUUGAAGAGGAAGAGAGACAGCUUCGCCACGAAGAGGAGGAGCUGCAUCAGCAGCAUUUGGAGCUCUUGGAUCGCUUGGGCCGUUUGCAAGCCGAAGCGAUGACCAGCCACGAUGAAGAGGUCUUGCGGGGCCGCUUCGCAGAAGUCACGGGUGAACUGCAGGAGCUUUCUUUGCGUCAACAGAGUCAGGAGCAGCGAGCCUGGAAACAUCGUGUCCGUCGGCAUCGCAGCUCCUGGCCGGUGCGCACGGCACUCGAGAUGGAGGACCACUUGAGCCGAGCGCAUGACAUCUUCAACUUUUGGUUCUUCGAGAUGCGGGAUCGCCUUCAUUCCACCUUACGGGGCUUCCGGACGAUGGAAAAGGCUUUGCAGCCGAUCCCUGAGGACCGUUCCGUGGACGCGGCUCUGCCCAGCGCUUCCGCCGAGCCUGAGCCGAUCGUUCGAGGUGUGCGAUAUGAGAAAUUCAUGUCCUGAGCCACGACAUCGGUGACAUCGGUGACAUCGGUGCCAUCGGUGACAGCGACAUCGGCGAUGUUUUGUGUCGAAGCUUUUGUUUUGGACCUGUUUCUUCACUGAGAUUUGCCUAUCAACAGUAUCCGAUAGUAUCCAUCUGGUAUUUCUUUCUUGUUUCUCCGCUUCUGAUGGAAACUAGGC